UCCUAAUGACCCCAGGCGUCCCGCGUUGCGCGCCACACACUCACAAACUGAUAAAAACUUAGCCGUGAUUGAAAUUCCGCUUGUUACAUGCGUGCCAGUACCACUGUACUCAGAGGAGCGACAGGCGCAAUUCGCCGCACUCACUUCGUCUCGCUCACUCGUCAAGCCAAAAUGAGCUCUAAGAGCGAAGCUGCAGCGACGUAAUUCGUAGUGGUCAGAUACCAAGCUAGGUUGAAAUAAAAUAUACACAACAAUAAUGUAAUUAUGCAAAAGAUUUUAUGCUACAAGAUAAGGAAAAAUGGACGUGAUAUUUUGCAAAUUAUUUCAUUAUUACUGGUUCUACCCUCCUUUUUGCGAGCUGAAAAUACCCUGGGGUGUCCCGACUUAAUAAGAAGUAAUAAAUGUUCAUGUUAUACUUUCGAAGAUGGUAUUUUUCUUGAUUGCCAAGAUGCUGUUAUAAAAGACGUGAAGAAUGCUCUUAAGAGUGUACCAAAUGUCCAUUCGUUAUCUUUAUACGACCUUCAUGAUGACCAGGAGGCCCUGGGACCCCAUCUGAUACCCCAGGGUUUAUGCAUCAAACACAUUCACAUUGCCAGGACCAACAUAGGAGACAUAGCCGAUGACACCUUCAUGCCACUGAGAAAGUGCCUUGAAACUCUGAGUAUAGUUUCUAGCAAGAUCAAAUUCAUGCCACAAAAAGUAUUCUCUGGCCUACUUAAACUAAUCUCCAUAGAUCUUACUUCAAACUUUAUACAAGAUAUACCGAGCUACAGCUUUUACGGUCUUCCGCUAAUGAAACUGAAUUUAAAAGGAAACAUGAUAAGUGAUAUAUCUGACUCUGCAUUUUCUAGUUUAGAACUCACGCUCAGUGAAGUUAAUUUGAGCGAAAAUAAUCUUACAACUUUUCCUAUAGCGUCUCUCUCGAAACUAAGACAUUUGCGGUCUUUGCGGCUCGCAUGGAACGAAAUGUUCUUUUUCCCCAGUGUUGAAAAUUCAGAUCUCAUAUCCCUAGAGUACCUUGAUUUAAACUCCAACAAUUUUGAAUUUAUUUCAGAAGACUGCCUUAAAUUUUGUCCGUCCCUGACAAUAUUAUCAUUUCAUUUUAAUUUUAUUAACAACAUACACUAUCGUGCUUUCUAUUCGUUAGUUAACUUGAAGUCCCUAGACUUAAGUCAUAAUCGGAUUAAGGUUUUAAACCCGAAUCUUUUUCAAAACAACAAAUAUCUUGAAUUUAUAAAUCUAAGCCAUAACCAUUUGCACCACAUUCAUGGUUUGUUCUGUAACAUGCCGUCACUCGAUGAAGUAUUUUUAAGUCAUAAUAAUAUUUUGGAUGUGCCAAUAGAUUCAUUUCUUAACUCUAGUAAAAUUAGUGCAAUAUACUUAGAUACGAACUGCAUAAGCAAUAUUCAUAGUGAGAGUUUUAGUAAUUUAGAGAAUUUAACUAAGUUACGAUUAGAGUUUAACUAUCUUAAUAAAGUGCCACAUGAUAUUUUUAUUAAUAAUAAGAAUUUAAAGAAAGUACGGAUAGACAAUAAUAAUUUCUCCGCUUUACAUAACAGUACACUGUGGUCUCUAGAGAACAUUAAUGAAAUCAGACUAAAUCACAAUAAACUCAAAUUUAUCUCAAAAUUCCAUUUUAUGAAUUCUUUGAAAGUAGAAGAGAUAUAUCUGGAUAAUAAUAUAAUAAGCUUUAUCGAACCAGGGACCUUUAUGAAAAUGUAUAAUCUAAAGUAUCUAAGUUUGCACAACAACGAUCUGACAGAUAUCAAUGACAUUUUGCCCAAACUGAGCUCGGGCCUGCUCACCCUCCACUUGGAAUUCAACUCGUUAACUUUAAUAAACGGUUUCAUGUUUCACUUCCAGGAAAAGUUGCGCCAUUUAAGUUUGAAAAAUAAUCGCAUAAAAUUUUUGACAAAGAGCACUUUCCGGAAUUUAACUCAUCUCUCUAGACUUGAGUUAAAUAACAACGAAUUUUCAAUUAUUGACGAUUUUGCCUUUCAGUACUUAGAUUCGGCUCGUUCUUUAGAAUUACAAUACAAUUCGUUACGCAAUAUUACAAAUUACACAUUUUUCGGCUUAAUCGAACUGGAAGAUUUGGACGUUUCUCACAAUAAAAUUGCUAGCAUUUCGGGUAUGGCUUUCGAUACUUUGAAGAAAUUAAGAAGUUUGAAUUUGUCAUUUAAUCCAUUGAAGAUACUUCACAAGCAAAUUUUCCAACAAGGUUUGCCAUUGAGUUCUUUAAACUUGGACAACUCUGGAAUAUUCAUGAUAGAGAACGGCACGUUUCACGGAUUAAAUAACCUAAAGUCUCUUUCACUCAAAAACAACUCUCUGUCGUCUGAAGACUUGUUAUCAAUCGAUAUUCCUGGACUAAAGUAUUUGUCUCUGUCAUACAAUGUCUUAGAUUAUUUACCUUUAGAAUCGUUCGCGCAACUUCCACUCCUGGAGGUGUUACUGCUAGAACAUUGCAAUAUCGAAAAUAUAUUCGAAGGCACAUUCGCGUACAACAGAAAUCUUUUGAGAUUAAACUUGGCACAGAAUAUUAUCAGUGCGAUUCCUUCAAAGCUUUUUGAUGUACAAAACUCAAUUUCGGAGUUGAAUAUAAGCAAUAAUUUCUUAGAUUAUGUUCCAUAUAACAGUUUUUACAAUUUGACACACAUUGAAUCCUUGGACAUUGCAGAUAAUCUUUUGCCACGAGUAGAAUUAAGUGGAUUUGAGAAACUUAAUAAAUCCAGGAAGAAAAUCGAAUACAACGAAUUAAUGUUAUUUGAUAUUAGCUAUAACAAAUUAGAAACAUUGCCUAUAUUUAUAUUUGACGUUUUUCCAAAUAUACAAAACAUUAAUAUAUCGUACAAUGAAAUAGUACACUUCGAUUUUUUACUAGUAUAUAGAAAAAAUGGUAUAAGACUAGUGAAUAUUGACGUUAGUAGGAACCCCGUAGUUCCCUGGACCUCAUCUAAAAAGGUAGACAAUAAUACACUUAUGGCUAACUUAUACGAGCUACACAUUUGUUCGACUAAUAUAAGCAACAUAGAUGAUGGCACGUUCGAGUCAUUUACAAGCUUACAGCACCUGUAUUUGAAAUUCAAUAAGAUAAGACGUUUGUCGAUAAGCCCCUUUUCAAAAUUAACUUUUUUAGAGAAUUUAGAUUUAAGUUUCAACAGAAUUUCACAAUUGAAGUCGAGCAACUUUCGAGGCUUAGUCAGGUUAAGAACGUUAUGUUUGGCUAACAAUAACAUUGAAUCUUUGGAGUCGUUCGCUGAAGAACUGAGCAGUUUGAAACUUUUAGAUCUUUCGUACAAUAAAAUACAGAAUAUUUUGAAUGAAGACUUGAAAAACUUAAAAGAGUUGACAGUACUGUAUUUGGGACACAACAAUAUAAAGUAUAUAUCCGUAACUGCUUUUAGAAACUUGAACAAGAUAGUACAAAUAGAUUUAGGACAUAACAAACUUCAGACAAUAUCUCUAGAGCUAUUGAACUCUAUUGAGAAUCACAUCCAAGAAAUAUCCGUUAAAGAUAACGUUUUAACUUGCAACUGCCAAAAAAAUAACACAUGGGUAUGGAUCCAGAACCAUCCUAAAGUAAUAAAAGCUGACACAGUGACAUGUCUCAACGAUGAUAUUCCGAAGGAGAAAUGUAAUGUUCCCGUCAUCUCGCAACUGUCGGUAGAUAAGCACAAGGACAACUCUGUCUCGGUGUCAUGGUUCAUCAGGAACCGCACAGCGAUUAAAGCUCUCCAGAUAUUGUACUAUGGCGAGGAUGUUUACUCGGAGGUCAAAUCGAAAUAUUUAGAAAAAAGCGAAGUAUCUGCUCACAUUACUCAUUUAGAACCGAACACAAAUUACGUCGUUUGCAUCAUCACGUUGUCAGAAGAACCGGUUAUAACCGUUGAUGAUGAUGAAGAUAUGCAAAAUAAAACAUGGGCCAAAAACGUUACCCUAAGGAACCCCGAAGAUGUUGUCGCCUCAAUACUAAUGCGCUCGCCGUCUAGCGAGUGCACCUCUUUCAACACGUUUAGAAAAUCAGUCACACCGAAGAUAAGGCCUAACAAAGUGUUUGAUAUCUCAAUGAUUCUCAACCGACGAAUGGGACUGAUUGUUGGAUGCUCGCUAGGGUUCGUAGUUUUCUUUAUAAUGGUCUCAAUUUUGUUAUACACUAAAAUCAAAGAAAGAAAAAGAAUAGCGAAGUCAGAUCCGUCUUGGGGUGAAAUGAACGACUACCAUUCUAUGCACAGUAAGGAGGAUGUUUUAGAAAAUUCAAAUGCAGCCUCUACUGAUAAUAUUUUACUAGGAAUGACCAAAAAUCGUAAGAAAUCAUUAGAUCGACUUUAAGAUUUUAAAUGUUUUUUACUAUUUAUUGUACCUUGGAAACCAUUAACGUCGUAAUUUACGGAAUUAUAAUUUUACAUAAUUAAAAUACAGAUACUAAAUUCCAUUCAAAUGAGUAACAGGAAAGUGCGUUUGUUGAUUUACAGUUGGUUACUACGUUAUUAAUUACUAUAAUCUAUGUUUAAAACUUUUCAAGGCACAAUAAGGUACGAAAACAAUUUUUACCAAUUUAACAUUGUAAAA